AUGACAGACUUCAAACUACAUGAGACACAAGGAAAUCGAAACCGAGUUAUACCUCAAACAGUAUAUGCAGCAAGCAAAGGUGUUGGUGUGCUCGGACGUUCACCGUUGUUAGUCAAAGCGAUCUGGCGCCAAAAAACUACUACUCAAGCCCACAAA